AUGGACUCUCUUGUUGCAGCAAACACCAAAUUUUGCUUUGAUCUUUUUCAAGAGAUAAGCAAAGAUGAUCAUCAUAAAAACGUAUUUUUCUCUCCCCUGAGCCUCUCAGCUGCCCUUGGUAUGGUCCGCUUGGGGGCUAGAAAUGACAGUGCACAUCAGAUUGAUGAGGUACUACACUUCAACGAACUUUCCCAGGAUGAAAGCAAAGAACCUGACCCCUGUCUGAAAAGCAACAAACAAAAAGUGCCGGCUGACAGCUCUCUGGAAGGGGAGAAGAAAACGACAGAGUCUCUGGAUCAGCAGGCUGAGUCCUUAAACAAUGAGAGUGGACUCGUCAGCUGCUACUUUGGGCAGCUUCUCUCCAAAUUAGACAGGAUCAAGACUGAUUACACACUGAGUGUUGCCAACAGGCUUUAUGGAGAGCAGGAAUUCCCAAUCUGUCAGGAAUACUUAGAUGGUGUGAUUCAGUUUUACCACACGACAAUUGAAAGUGUUGAUUUCAGAAAAAACACUGAAAAAUCCAGACAAGAGAUUAACUUCUGGGUUGAAUGUCAAUCUCAAGGUAAAAUCAAGGAACUCUUCAGCAAGGACACUAUUAAUGCUGAGACUGUGCUGGUCCUGGUGAAUGCUGUUUACUUCAAGGCCAAAUGGGAAAAUUAUUUUGAUCAUGAAAACACAGUGGAUGCACCUUUCUGUCUAAAUGAGAAUGAAAACAAGAGUGUGAAGAUGAUGACGCAAAAAGGCCUCUACAGAAUUGGCUUCAUAGAGGAGGUGAAGGCACAGAUCCUGGAAAUGAGGUACACCAAGGGGAAGCUCAGCAUGUUCGUCCUGCUGCCGUCUCACUCUAAAGAUAACCUGAAGGCUCUGGAAGAGCUUGAAAGGAAAAUCACCUAUGAAAAGAUAGUGGCCUGGAGCAGCUCAGAAAACAUGUCAGAAGAAUCGGUGGUCCUGUCCUUCCCCCGGUUCACCCUGGAAGACAGCUAUGAUCUCAAUUCCAUUUUACAAGACAUGGGCAUUACAGAUAUCUUUGAUGAAACGAGGGCUGAUCUUACUGGAAUCUCUCCAAGUCCCAAUUUGUACUUGUCAAAAAUCAUCCACAAAACCUUUGUGGAGGUGGAUGAAAACGGCACCCAGGCAGCUGCAGCCACUGGGGCUGUUGUCUCGGAAAGGUCACUACCAUCUUGGGUGGAGUUUAAUGCCAACCACCCUUUUCUCUUUUUCAUUAGACACAACAAAACCCAAACCAUUCUCUUUUAUGGCAGGGUCUGCUCUCCUUAAAAGGGAAGUAUUGUCUAGUACUUUGGAGCUGGAGGAAAAUAUCAAUACAAUUUUCCCCUGGCAUAAGAUGGGCAUUUGAGUUUUUGGUAAUAUCUAAAGCAUCCCCUUCAUCCUCCAGCCAUCAGCCUGUGCUUAUCUUCAUCUUUCCAUCACCCUGUAGCUUAUUUUCGUCUGAGUCUGUUAGUAUUGAAGGGCUAUUGUUCUCUACCCUAAACUUUCAAGCGUAUACAUUCACCCUCUGUGACCUGAAGGUCAACACAAUUCAGUACAGUACCUACCUCCUUUUGAAGGAAUCCUAAAAGUUCAGGUCGUUAGACCAUUUCUAAGAGAUAGCAAACUCAGAAGCCACUUUAACAUGGGCAGCAAGAGAACAUGUUUGACUGGAACGUGUUUGGAAACUCAGCUCUCUUUCUGGGGUAGUUAUGAUUGUGGUCAUCACUGGGCAAGAUGCCCUGUUUUUUCCUUUGACAGCUCCUGCAUGGAAGAUGUCCUGUGAGGUCUUUUCACCUAGGAGAAGGUAGGGCUUGGGUGUAUUUAAGUGAUAGCUCAAAGACGUAUGAAUGCCCCAACCAGCACUCCUUUUGCACAGAGCAGGAGAAUGAUAUUUGUCUUGUGAUUUUGAUACUGACCCAGGAAAGUGGCUAGUGGAUUUAGAGGAGGUUUAUCUCAGUUUUCCUUGUUGGGUCCCCCAACAUUAUCAUCAAACACUUCCCUCUGUCUCUCCUCCCGCUAGCUCCAAGAAUUCCCACCUGUGGCUAGUUCCUCUUACGCACCCAGCACAGGCAGGUGUGGAGAGGAAUGCUGCUGCCAUUGUGGAUGGCUGGCC